CUGUUGAGUCUUAAAAAGGGUUUGUUAAUCCACUUCAGUGCAGUGGGGUUUUCUUCCAAGGCUCUGACUUGGUCUUUAGGAUCAUUACGAGGUGAAGGGAAGAAAGGAGUGAAAUAUUUGCCAUGUCUCUCUACUUGCCCCUGAUUUUUCUUCUCUCCAUUAGUACAUCUCUUCAGAUGUCUGGUAGGGGAAUAUUUUCAAUCUAUAAUGAAGAUAACAAGCUCUGUGCCCAAGCUCAGAACUCCAGCUCAGUCAUAACCACCACUUGUGAUGAGCAUGAUGAGUUUCAGAAGUUCAGGUGGGUCUCUCCCACACAGCUGCUGAGCAUGGCACUCAAGCUGUGCCUGGGAGUGCUCGCCAAGGACGACGAGGCUGCCGUCACCUUGGAAUCUUGCAACAGGACAAACGAACUCCAGUGGUGGGAAUGUAGAAAUGAGACACUUGCAACCCAGGGCAAGGAUUUGUUUCUCAACUAUGGCAAGGGGAAGGGGAAGAAAAUGAGGCUGUCCAAAUUAUCCAGCAAAGGGAGCAGGUGGAAAAUCCAUGGAAGUGCAGACAGUGUGUGCUCUCAGCGCUAUGAGGAUAUCUAUACACUGGGAGGAAAUGCCUUUGGUGCACCCUGUGUGUUCCCUUUCAAGCACCAGGGGAAAUGGUAUGCUGAAUGCAUCCCUCGGAGGGAUGAUGCAGACUCUCUCUGGUGUGCAACUUCUCCAGAUUUUGAUAAAGACCAGUUGUUUGGAUACUGCCCACUAAAAGACACCACCCACAACAGCUUUUGGAAGACAAAUCCUGUGACAGAGACACGCUAUCAGAUAAACUCAGAGUCACUUUUGACAUGGCACCAAGCAAGAAAAAGCUGCCAGCAGCAGGAUGCAGAAUUAUUGAGCAUCACAGACCUUCGUGAAGAAAUGUAUUUAUUAGGGCUCACUAGUGACCUGGGCAUCAAUGCAAAGCUCUGGAUUGGUCUCUAUGAUGCACUUGACAGUGGCUGGAAGUGGACUGGGGGAAGUCCUUUCAGAUACCUCAACUGGGCUCCAGGAAAUCCCUCUGUGGAAUCUGGAAAAAUAUGUGGGACCUUCCAAGGUCGGAAUGGCAAAUGGGAAAACCAGCUGUGUGAUCGGAAACUGGGAUAUAUCUGCCAAAAGAGAAACACCUCCUUGGAUUCUUUCACCAUUGCCUCAGGUGAUUCAAAGCAUUUUAAAUGCCCCAGGGAAUGGGUGGCCUAUGCAGGUCAUUGCUACAGAAUUUACAGAACACCAAAAAUAUGGAAAGAAGCCCAGUCUUCCUGUAGAAAAGAGGAUGGAGAGCUGGCGAGCAUUCAUAAUAUUGAAGAGUACAGUUUUACAGUGUCACAGCUCGGGUACAAGCCAGAUGAUGAACUCUGGAUUGGUCUAAAUGACUUCAGGAUUCAAAUGUACUUUGAAUGGAGUGAUGGCACACCUGUGACUUAUACCAAAUGGCACCAUGGAGAGCCAACCCACACUUGGAAUAAGGCAGACUGCAUCCUUAUGAAGGGGCAGGAUGGAUCCUGGGCUGACAGUGCUUGUGAAAUGAAAUUUGGCUACAUAUGUAAAAGGAAACCCUUGGCAGAAGAACCAGGGGAGGCUGAAGUUACUUACCCAGGCUGCCAGAAAGGCUGGAUGAAGCAUGGCUUUUACUGUUACUCCUUGGUGCAGUUGCCAACAACAUUUUCAGAUGCAAAAAAAGUUUGUGAAGAAAACAAAGGUUACCUGGCUACUGUCAGAGACAGAUAUGAACAAGCUUUUCUGACCUCCAUAAUUGGAUUCAAACCAGAAAAAUACUUCUGGAUUGGUCUUUCAGAUGAGGAAGAACAGGGGACAUUCAGGUGGGCUAGUGGAGAUCCUGUCACCUUCACUCACUGGAAUGUGGGAAUGCCUGGAGAGGAAUCAGGCUGCGUGGCCAUGGCAACAGGACGUUCAGCUGGAUUAUGGGAUAUUUUGAACUGUGAGGAGACAAACACGUUUCUCUGCAAGCAGCUGGUGGAGGGAGUCACCCCCCCUCCUCUCCCUCCAACAACAUCCCCUCUCCUGUUUUGUCCAGAGGGAUGGCAGUCUGUUUCUCAGAGCAGCUUCUGCUUCAAAAUUUUUCAGGGAGGAAGAGAAAAAAUGCAAACGUGGUUUGAAGCAAGAGAUUUUUGCAGAACUAUUGGAGGAGAUCUUGCAUGUAUCCACAGUGAAGAGGAACAAAACCUGAUAGCUAGACUAGACAGAGGUUACAUUCACUAUUCUUACUGGAUGGGUUUAAGUGCCUUGGACUCUGAAAGUGGAUUUACAUGGAGUGAUGGCUCACCAGUAAAUUUUGAAAAAUGGUCACAUGGAGAACCAAACAAUUAUGAUGGGAAUGAAAAAUGUGGUGUGUUUACUGGCUAUCUCAAUAUGAACUGGAACGAUUUAUUUUGUGAACACAUGCUGGACUUUGUUUGCCAAAUUAAAAAAGGAACCUCACCAAAACCAGAGCCUAAUUCCACAUUCGGUUAUGAACAUGCUGUUGGUGAAGAUGACUGGAUAAUAUACAAACACAAGGAAUACUACUUCAGCAAAGAGGCGAUGUCUAUGGAAAGAGCCAGAGGCUUUUGCAAGAAGAAUGGUGGUGACCUUGUUGUCAUUGAGAGUGAAACUGAAAAAAAUUUUCUUUGGAAAUAUAUUUUCUAUAAAGACUGGGGGAACAACUUCUACAUUGGCUUAAGUGUGAGCCUUGACAGAACGUUCCGGUGGAUGGAUGGAACAUCAGUGAACUAUGUUGCCUGGGCUCCAAAUGAACCCAAUUUUGCAAAUAAUGACGAAAACUGUGUGGUGAUGUAUACUCAUACAGGUACAUGGAAUGAUAUCAACUGUGGCAGUGUUGAGUUAUUCAUCUGUGAAAGGCUUAACAAUACUGUUCGUCCAACCCUUGCUCCCACUUCACCACCGCCAAAGGGUGGGUGUACGGAAGACUGGCUCCUCUUUGACAACAAGUGUUUUAAAGUCUUUGGCUUUAAUGAAAAUGAUACAUUGACAUGGCAUGCUGCACGAAACAACUGCAUUGAUCUUGGAGGAAAUCUGGUUACUAUAUCAAAAAAGGAAGAGCAAGCUUUCCUUAUGUCCCUCUUAAAAAAUGCUGCAACUGAUGCUUGGAUUGGACUGAAUGACAUAAAUCAGGAGCACACAUACUUGUGGACAGAUGGAAGCCCAGUAGACUAUACAAAUUGGGCAAAAGGUUCCCGAAGUUAUUAUAGUAUGGAUGAUUGUGUCUUUUUGAUGAAGAACCCUAUUGAACAGGCAGGGAAAUGGAAAGAUGAAGGAUGUAAAGCAAGCAAAAGUUAUAUCUGCCAAAAAAAUUCUGACCCCAAACUGCUGCACCCCCAACCCACAGUUCCGGGGUUUGGCUUUAACAAUUAUGGUGAUGACCGCUACGAAGUCAUCAACUACAAAAUGAGCUGGGAAAAAGCAGAGAAGACCUGCAGGGACCAGUCUGCAGAACUGGCCAGUAUCCUGGAUCCUUAUGCUGAAUCUUUCCUGUGGUUACAAAUAUUAAACCACGGGGAGCCUGUAUGGAUUGGCCUCAACAGCAACAUGACUGGUGGCCAAUACGUAUGGUCAGACAGAAGGAGGAGCAGGUAUCUUAACUGGGGCAGUGGAGAACCAAAUAAAAACAAAGCCUGUGUAUAUUUAGAUUUGGAUGGUUUUUGGAAGACAGCAUCUUGCAAUGAAACAUUUCUAUCUCUCUGUAAGCAAUCCAAUGAGUUAAUACCUAGUGAACCACCUCAGCUUCCUGGGAAGUGUCCUGAGCCCAAGCGUGGUAGAUCUUGGAUUCCCUUCCGUGGGCACUGUUACUAUGUUCACACCACUUCUGAGGAAAGUUGGCCUGAUGCUUCCAUGAUGUGUAUUCAAAUGGGUGCCUCUCUGGUUUCCAUAGAAGAUUCGGCUGAAAUGAAUUUUCUCUUACUUUACUUGUCCCCACUUGCAAGUGACUUCAGAAAGUUUUGGAUAGGAUUGUUCAAAAAUAUUGAUGGAGAAUGGAUAUGGAUGGACAGAAGUGCAGUAGAAUAUGUCAACUGGGAGAAAGGAGAGCCUACAGUACUUUUUGAUGAGCACUGUGUUGAUAUGGACGUUUCAAGUGGAACCUGGAGAACAUAUUACUGCUCUGUUGACCAGAAUUUUAUUUGCAAAAUCCCCAAAAUUGCUGAAGUUGAGCCAACCCAUGAUUCACCUGUCAAUAAUGGUAAGUUGGUUUCUUUUAAGCCAAAUAAACAGAAAUUUCAAUAGGUUUAUAGGCAUUCA